AUGUCGUCGGCGGCCGUGUCGUCCGCUUCCUCCAGCUUCUUCCUCGCGCUCGCCUCCGCCUCCCCCGGGGGCCGCAGGCGGACCUCUGCAGGCUCCCCGCCGUUCCACACCGGCGCCGGUCCGAAUUUCGCGUUCUGGCGGGCGCCGCCGCCGCACGCCCCCCGGCACGCGGCGCUGGUGCGCGCGGAGGCUGAGGCCGGGGGCAAGGACGCGCCGCCGGAGAGGAGUAGUGGCGACACCGCCAGCAGGUUGCCCCGCGCUCGGCGCAAGGCGGUCUCCAAACGGAGGGAUCCUCUUCAGCCGGUCGGCCGUUACGGCUCCGGGACGGGAAACACGGCCAGCAGGAGCGGCGCCGCGUCCAUCCAGAACGCCGCGUUGGCGGCCGUUGAGAUCAAGUCCAUCGUCGCCGCGCCGCCGACGAGCAUAGUCAAGUUCCCAGCCCCGGGCUAUAGGGUGAUCCUUCCCUCUGGGGACAUAGUGCCGGAGACUGUCCUCCCAGUCCCGAAGCCGCUUCUGCAUGAAUCGCCUGGGGCAAACUCCGUGCGGCCGGCUUCCAUUCCCAAUCUUGACGACACCGAUGGUAAUGUUGAACUUGCUGAAAAGAAACCUGCACAUGUUGACGGGGAUUCAAAUGGAGUUGCUGCACCUCCUCCAGCUGAGCCAGUAGUACAGGAAGUCACUUGGGAUUUCAAGAAAUACAUCGGUUUUGACGAGCCUGUGGAAGCGAAGGAUGAUUCCAGGGUUGCUGCAGAUGGUGCUGGUUCUUUUGAACACUACGAGAACAAUGAUUCUGGGCCUUUGGCCGGGGAGAAUGUCAUGAACGUGAUCAUGGUGGCUGCUGAAUGUUCUCCAUGGUGCAAAACAGGUGGCCUUGGAGAUGUUGUGGGAGCUUUACCCAAGGCUUUAGCAAGAAGAGGACAUCGUGUUAUGGUUGUGGUACCAAGGUAUGGGGACUAUGUGGAAGCCUUCGAUAUGGGAAUCCGGAAAUACUACAAAGCUGCAGGACAGGACUUAGAAGUGAACUAUUUCCAUGCAUUUAUCGAUGGAGUCGAUUUUGUGUUCAUUGAUGCACCUCUUUUCCGGCACCAUCAAGAUGACAUAUAUGGGGGAAGUAGACAGGAAAUUUUGAAGCGCAUGAUUUUGUUCUGCAAGGUUGCUGUUGAGGUUCCUUGGCACGUUCCAUGUGGCGGUGUGUGCUACGGAGAUGGAAAUUUGGUGUUCAUUGCCAAUGAUUGGCACACUGCACUCCUGCCUGUUUAUCUGAAGGCAUAUUACAGAGACCAUGGGUUAAUGCAGUACACUCGCUCCAUUCUUGUCAUACAUAACAUCGCUCACCAGGGUCGUGGUCCUGUAGCUGAAUUCCCGUACAUGGACUUGCCUGAACACUACCUCCAACAUUUCGAGCUGUACGAUCCCGUCGGUGGUGAGCAUGCCAACAUCUUUGCCGCGGGUCUGAAGAUGGCAGACCGGGUGAUCACGGUCAGCCGCGGCUACCUGUGGGAGCUGAAGACAGUGGAAGGCGGCUGGGGCCUCCACGACAUCAUCCGUUCCAACGACUGGAAGAUCAAUGGCAUCGUGAACGGCAUCGACCACCAGGAGUGGAACCCCAAGGUGGACGUGCACCUGCGGUCGGACGGCUACACCAACUACUCCCUCCAGACACUGGACGCUGGAAAGCGGCAGUGCAAGGCGGCGCUGCAGCGGGAGCUGGGCCUGGAAGUGCGCGACGACGUGCCGCUGCUCGGCUUCAUCGGGCGCCUGGACGGACAGAAGGGCGUGGACAUCAUCGGGGACGCGAUGCCGUGGAUCGCGGGGCAGGACGUGCAGCUGGUGAUGCUGGGCACCGGGCGCGCCGACCUGGAGCGGAUGCUGCAGCACUUCGAGCGGGAGCAUCCCAACAAGGUGCGCGGGUGGGUCGGGUUCUCGGUGCCCAUGGCGCACCGCAUCACCGCGGGCGCCGACGUGCUGGUGAUGCCCUCCCGGUUCGAGCCCUGCGGGCUGAACCAGCUCUACGCGAUGGCGUACGGCACCGUCCCCGUGGUUCACGCCGUGGGCGGGCUCAGGGACACCGUGGCGCCGUUCGACCCGUUCGGCGACGCCGGGCUGGGGUGGACUUUCGACCGUGCCGAGGCCAACAAGCUGAUCGAGGCGCUCAGGCACUGCCUCGACACGUACCGGAACUACGGGGAGAGCUGGAGGAGUAUCCAGGCGCGCGGCAUGGCGCAGAACCUCAGCUGGGACCACGCGGCUGAGCUCUACGAGGACGUCCUAGUGAAGGCCAAGUACCAGUGGUGA